AAGGUCCAGUAAUCUAUCCAAAUGAUACACUCUUUCAAUCAUUAAUUAUUGAUCAAAACAUUCGUGUAAAUUAUACACCAUCAGUGCUAGUUUACGCAAUUGAUACCAAAGAUGUACAAAAAGCUGUUAAAUGUGCUGUUGAAUUGAAAACGGAUAUAGUUCCACGUUCAGGUGGUCAUUCAUACGAAAAAUAUGGCUUAGGCGGUAGAGAUAAUGUUAUCGUGUUGGAUUUGACAUAUGUCAAUGGUAUUACAAUUGAUUCAAAAACGAAAACUGCUAAAAUUGGUGCUGGAAAUAGGUUGGGUAACGUUUAUAAUCAAUUGAAUCAGGCCGGUUUCUUUAUUCCGUUCGGAAUAUGUCCUUCUGUUGGCCUUGGAGGUCACGUUCUCGGAGGGGGGUUUGGAUAUUACAGUCGUAAGCAUGGUUUAGCUUGUGAUAAUAUUAUUUCUAUGGAAAUGGUUGACGCCAAAGGAAACCUUUUACAAGUUAAUUCUACUUUAAAUUCCGAUCUAUUCUUUGCUCUAAGAGGUGCAGGUGGAGGAAGUUACGGCAUAGUAACAUAUUUUGUAUUUCGUAUUCAUCAAACACCACCACAAGUUACUUAUAUGAACUUGGAAUUUAAUGGUACAAAUAUGAUUCAAGUGUAUCAACUUUUUGAUGCUUUUAAUGAAGAUGGACCAUCAUUUGACGAUGGUAUUGCUCUUAAAAUGAGGUUGGUGAAAGGAUCAUUAUCAAUUACUGGAUUAUAUUUAGGCCCGAGUAACGAAGCACAAAAUGCAAUGAAAGAAUUUUUAUCUAAAGCACCAAACCCGAUUUCAUCAGAAUUUGAUCAACAAACAUUUUUUGAGUCUGUUGAAAUACUUUCUAAAUCACCUAAUAAAUAUGAAGUUGUGAAUCCGGUUCAUCAUCCAAAUUUCUUUAAAGCAAAAUCCUUUUUUGUUAAUACAGGUGAAGGAUUAACUCAUCAAGCCAUAGAUGUGUUAGUAAAUUUUGUAAAUGGAGCUUCUUGCCAAAUUCUUGCUUCAUUCGAUUUAUAUGGUGGAGCUAUAAAUAUUCAUAAUAACUCUUCUUCCUUUAUACAUCGUGAUGCACUUUAUUGUGUACAAAUGGAAUCUGAUUGGACAAGUGUAGAACAAGGUACUAAAUGUGUUAAUGAAAUAAAUGAUUUCGGAAUAAGUUUUCAAUCAAACUUUACGUCUUAUGAGAGUUAUCAAGAUUUCAUUGAUAGAGAUUUAGAUCAUUGGCAAAAAAGGUAUUACGGUGAUAUUUUUGAUAGAUUAGUGGAUAUAAAAAGAAAAUAUGAUCCCAAUAAUUUAUUCAACUUUCCUCAAAGUAUCCCU